AUGGCGUCGCUUAAUUUCCGAAUAAGGCCUAGUGACAGAAAGCGAUGUAUAGUACAUUUAGAACUUGUCGAGGCAUCCAGAGAUUCCAAAUGUCAAAUUCUUCAUAAAAGAGUCAAACACCGACUCAACAAACGCAAGAGGAAUAAAGGACGAAACGAUAAGUUAGGCCUUUGUGUAAUCCAAGAAGUUUUAGAGUACGCCUUUCUCGACAAUGCAGUUGCUAGCGAGCAUAUCAAAUGCCCACGCAACAUUUAG